AUGAGCAGUGACGACGAAAACCCCAAGAGAGUCAAGAAGACUAAGAAGGACACCAGAAAGAAGUCCAAGAAGAACAAGAAGAAGAAGAAGGAUCCAAAUGCCCCACGUCGUAACUUGACUGCCUUCAUCUUCUUCUCCAAGGAGAAGCGUCCACAGGUUAAGGCCGAGAACCCAGAGGCCACCUUUGGCAAGAUCGGUUCCCUGCUCGGAAAGCUGUGGGAGAAGCUCGAUGCCGAGGGAAAGGAGACCUAUGAGAAGAUGGCCAUGGAGGACAAGAAGCGUUGGGAGAUGGAGAAGAAGGUCUACGAUGAGAACAAGAAGGACGAGUCAUCAUCAUCCGAUUCAUCCUCUGACUCUGAUUAA